AGACCAGACGGGCCGUGCAGGCGGCAGCUGCCAGCAGGACAGGACAGGGCCGAGCCGAGCCAUGGCGGGCGGAGCGCCACUGACGGCGCUGUGGACCGAGGUGAAUCGCUUCGGACAGACCGCCGAUUACAGCCGCGCCCUCAAGUCUCUCAACAAAAUACUGCAAGAUGACAAGGAUGAUGUCACUGCACUACAUUGUAAAGUGGUCUGCCUGGUCCACGGUGGGAGUUUCAAGGAAGCGCUAAACGUAAUUCACACUCACAGUAAGGUGCUUUCCAGUGAUGUGAUAGCCUUUGAGAAGGCAUAUUGUGAAUACAGACUGAAUCGGAUAGAAUCUGCGCUGAAGACCAUUGAAGCUGUCGAUCAGAGGACUGACAAGUUAAAGGAGCUUUAUGCACAAGUGUUGUACAGAUUGGAGCGGUAUGAAGACUGUUUAACGGUUUAUCGUGACUUAAUUAGAAAUUCACAAGAUGAUUAUGAGGAGGAAAGGAAAACCAAUCUUUCAGCUGUGGUCGCAGCUUUGAGUACCUGUGAACAUUCCUACCCUGAAGACUUGGGCUUGCCUGAAACUUCAUAUGAACUGUGUUACAAUGCUGCUUGCACUUUGAUUGGUGAGAGCAAGCUGCCUGAAGCAAUGAAUAAACUUCAGAAGGCUGAAGAACUCUGUCGGCAAUCAUUUUCAGAAGAUACUGAUAUAAAUGAUGAGGAAAUUGAUGCCGAACUGGCAAUAAUCCAUGCCCAGAUGGCCUAUGUUAUGCAACUCCAAGGCCGGAAUGAUGAUGCUGUGCAACUUUAUAAUCAAGUGAUCAAACUGAAGCCCUCGGAUGUUGGACUCCUUGCUGUGACUGCCAAUAAUAUCAUCACACUCAACAAGGACCAAAAUGUGUUUGAUUCAAAGAAAAAAGUGAAACUGACCAAUGCAGAAGGAGUGGAGCAUAAACUCACCCACCGACAGCUACAGGCUAUAGAAGUCAACAAAGCUUUGUUAGCCAUGCAUACAAACCAGGCUGACCAGUGUCGAAAGCUGACAUCAAGUUUGCAGAAACAGGAUCCAAUGACACCACUUCCAGUGUUAAUUCAGGCUGCACAAAUGUGUCGAGAGAAACAGCACACCAAGGCAAUCGAGCUACUGGAGGAUUUCUUGGAGCACCACCCAGAAAAUGAAGUUGAAUUGAAGAUGACAGUGGCACAGUUAUAUCUUGUCCAAGGUCAUGUUACAAAAGCAUGUGACAUCUUAAGAUCAAUUGAUGAGAAGACAAACAAACUUGGGAUGGUGUCUGCCUUAGUUACUAUGUAUAGCCAUGAGGAGGAUAUUGAUAGUGCAAUAGAAAUCUUCUGCCAAACUAUCCAGUGGUACCAGGAACACCAGCCAAAUACCCCGGCGCAUUUGCUAUUAGUGAGAGAAGCAGCCAAUUUUAAACUGAAAUAUGGGCGGCAGAAGGAAGCGAUCAGUGAUUUGGAUCAACUUUGGAGACAAAAUUCUGCAGAUGUACGGACUUUGGCACAACUCAUCUCUGCAUAUUCAUUGGUGGACUCCGAAAAAGCCAAGAUACUUAGUAAACACCUGCCUUCACUUGAGGCUAUGUCUUUCAAAGUGGAUGUUGAUGCCUUGGAGAAUUCACAUGGUGCCACAUACAUCAGGAAGAAGGCUGGAAAAGUGGCAGGUGAAAUCCAACCAAACGAACGUGGACAGGGUGAUAUAAAGAAAAAGAAGAAGAAAAAGAGAGGUAAGCUACCCAAAAAUCAUGAUCCAAAAGUGACUCCUGAUCCAGAGCGAUGGCUUCCUAUGAGGGAACGUUCAUAUUAUCGUGGGAGAAAGAAGGGGAAGAAGAAGGAACUCAUUGGGAAAGGAACUCAAGGAGCAACAUCAUCUGGAACAAGUGAACUUGAUGCCAGCAAGACUGUGAAUAGCCCACCCACAUCGCCAAGACCUGGGAUUGCUGCAACUGUGGCAGCUUCCAGCAACAUUGUGCCUCCUCGGCAGCAGAAGCCUUCAGCAGCCUCCAAGAAAAAGCAGCAACAAAAAAAGAAGAAAGGUGGAAAGGGGGGAUGGUGACCCUGAUUGAUGGUGUGAACCAUAUUCCCCAAAUAUGCAUUAAAAUUGGAACAAUCAAUGUAAACACAUUGUGGUGUUAAAGGAGUUUUAAUAAUAAAGGACUCGGUGACAACCUUUUAAAUA